GGGCGGUGCUCACAGAGGCUCUUGUGAAACUCGGCAGCGAGUGAGGGACACGGAAGAGGAAUGAGAGUUGGAAGCGAUGCAACAAUGUAACUGCCCAGCCUGAGACAGCGCAGGUACAGAGAAACAAACUAGUUAUGAGCAAAAGUUGGGUUAGUGCGGUUAAGGAAAACCCAGAUAGAACAACCAUGUCUUUAGAGAAAAUCCACAUAGACUCUGACGAGCUGAUUGAGAAGCAGCCCAUGGACGGCGGGGGCUUUGGAAUGGUGUCUUUAUGCUACAGGAGGAAUCACGGACUCGUUGUUUUAAAAACAGUGUACACAGGACCACAACGCACAGAAUACAAUGACUCUCUCCUCGAGGAAGGUAAAAUGAUGCAUAAGUUGAAUCACGAUCGAGUCAUAAAGCUGAUAGGAGUUAUUUUGGAAGAUGGCAAUUACUCGCUCGUUAUGGAAUUCAUGGAGAAUGGGAACUUGCUGCAGCUUUUACAAAGUGUACCUAUUCCAUUAUCUGUGAAAGGAAGAGUAAUUCUGGAAGUCAUCGAAGGAAUGUCUUAUUUGCAUGAAAUGCGUAUUGUUCACAAAGAUCUAAAACCUGAAAAUAUCUUGGUCGAUGCAGAUUAUCAUAUCAAGAUUGCGGAUCUAGGUGUGGCAAUCUUUAAAACCUGGAGUCGGUUAACCACUGAAGAACAAAGGAGAAGAAGCCAAAUGGGGUCAAAGCUGAAGAACAACGCAGGCACGUUGUCCUACCUGGCACCUGAACAUCUGCGGUCAUUGAAUACGAAGGCCACAGACAAGUCUGACGUGUACAGCUUCGCCAUUGUAGUGUGGGUGAUCCUGACUAACAAAGAACCCUAUGAACAUGCACUGAAUGAUGCCCAGCUUCACCAGCUAGUUGUCAGUGGAGAUCGACCUGAUAUGAAAGAAAUUCCUGAUGAAGCGCCUGAAAAGAUUGUCCGUUUAAUGCAGCAGUGUUGGGAAAAUGAGCCGGAGAAGAGGCUGACUUUUGAAGACUGUGACCAUCAAUUCCGGCCAUUCUAUGACGAAGAGCUACGUAAAAAUAUUGAUAAAGAUUUGAAAAAAUUAAGAGAAUUGUCCCUGAAGAAGCCAACCGCUCCAAGAGAACUAGUGAAGAGGAUGCAGUCUUUGCAAGUGGACUGUGUCGCUCUGACACCAGACACCCCUACAAAAGAUGAUCCAAAUUCCUUACAUAGCUCACAAGGAAUUCCUGCUAACAGCCACACUGUAGAGGCAGCAUUCUCCUCUUGUAAGUUAAGUGAACCCGCCGAGUGUGAGCCUGACAGUGGUGUUUGGUACGAUGACGAUGACACACAGGUAAGAAGAAAACUCGAUGAGGAAAUGAAUUACCACCUGACUGGUAGCCGCUUGGAUGCUUCCAUUUCGCAGAGUAAGAUCGAGCAGAUCCGGUUGGAAAGAAGCAAACGAGUUUCCAAUGAACCGGUUUUCACCAUCCAGCCCCGCUUUUCAGUGCCUUCUCACCAUCUCGCAGCUGUGCCCAGUACCAGGUCGUCUGUGGACUUGUACGGCUCCCAAGAUUCAAACUUUCAUCAGGGGCAGCACAGAUUGACAAACGCCUCUGUAAAUUAUAUGGGCCGUUCAAAACCCGUCAAGGAAGAAACUGGUUGGCAAGGUGCAAGUAAAAUAAUCCCUACUGGAAACCCUGUUGGACAAGCAGGGCUUGUGUACAGAACUCCAGGCCUUAUCCCUGUUACAGAGACUGGUAACCCACAAACUGGACAGCCCAGCAGCUGGACUCCAUAUCAGCAGACAGGAAGUAAAAAUGAAUCUGGAAAUUAUAUUGGGAAUGUUCUUUGGAAUCAUCCAAGCCAGCUUGUGCCAACGGAAGACAACUUCAGCUAUCUUGGCCAAGAGGUAACGUCAAGCAUCUGUGUAUCUAAGGCCAAAGGAGUUCAGAUCGGCAACAAUAACACUAUGAAUGUUGGAAAACAGGUUUUCAACACAGGAAAACACAAAAACUCCAAGGUUUCCAAUCAGACGCUGAGUGCUCACCAUUUGGCUAUUUUUGAUGAUAACCCAGUUAAGGAAGCACACCUGGACCUCUUGCGAGGGGAGCUUGGGAAAGAUUGGAAACACUGCGCUCGUAAGCUGGGCUUCAGAGAAUCCGAGAUUGAUGAGAUCGACCACGACUACGAGAGAGACGGACUGAAAGAAAAAGUUUACAAGAUGCUGCACAAAUGGCAAAUGAAGGAAGGAUCAAAAGGUGCCACUCUUAGGAAGCUUGCUCAAGCCCUUCAUGGUUGUAACAGAUCAGACAUGGUUCUCAGUUUGCAGAGCUGCAUCUGAGCUUAUUUUGUUUCAAGAUAAGGCAACCGUUGGAAGUUGAAUCUGAUUCUGUGGCUUCGGGGUGUCGUAAGAUGAGCUUCUGACCACAUGUCUCCAAUACUAUGACCGCGUAUUUCCACCUCCGUCGCAUUCCAUGACUCUGCUCCUCCCUCGUCCACACCUUCGAUACCGCCAGACUUGACUAUUCCAACACACCUCUGGUCAGCCUUCCGCACUCUACCCUCUGUAAAUUAGAAGUUGUCCAAAAUUAUGCUGUCUUAACUCAGACCAAAUCCCGUCUCCCUAUCCCCCACCCAUUGUUCGCUGACCCACGUUGGUUUCUGGUUAAGCAACGCGUCGUUUUUGAAAUUCACAUCCCUCCAUGACCUCAGAAAUUAGUCUCUAAGUUCCUGCAGCUCCUCUUAAGAUACCUGGCUGCACCAAUUUUGCCCGCUUUGUGCAUCCCUGAUUUUAACUGCUCCGUCAUUGAUGGUCUCGACUUCAGCUGCCUGGCUCCCAAGCUCUGUAAUUCCCUCCCUAAACCUUUCUGUCUAUUCCUCCUUUAAGACUCAAAUCCUCCUUUUUGACCCUCUGCCCUAAUACUUCUCUGUGGUUUGGUGCCAAAUUUCAUUUGAUAAUGCUCCUGUGAAGUGCCAUGGUGCAUUUUACUACAUUAAAGGCACUAUAUAAAUGCAUGCUGUUGUUGGAAGGCGGCUGGCAGAGUUCAUGGACAAAUGGUCGUACGUCGCUUCCAGGCUCAACGUUGCCUUGCUGUUCCAGAGUCUAACCUCCUUAAGGUUUGGAACAAUUAAUGCUUCUUUGGACAAAAUGAUGGUACUUUCACAGUGCUUGGAUUUAAAAUGAAGAAAUGGUGAACAGUUUGAUUUUUUUUUGCGUAUUAGAGGCGGACACUUGAAUUUAUUUUUUUUGUAGUGGUCUGACCCCAUGAAGUCAAUGUGGGAUGGUGGCACUCCAGCUUACAUCAACAGAAAGGGCUCUCUGACGUCACUGCAUAGCUGAUUAAUGAUCAGGAAGAGCGAUGUUCGAUAUUACUCGACCUGUUUUUGAGUCCAGGCUUGGCAUCCCCUCAGUAACACAAGCCUAAACAGGUAGGCCAGAGGGUAGCUCAAAUUUGGGCCUCAUCUAAGCAUCCUGGCCACCUUGACCUUCUCCAGGAUUGAAUCUUAGGUUUCCUGCUUCAAUGGUAGUACUAGCCCUUGGGUAGAGGGCUCUCUGGAAGAGGGCAAUUGCUAGAACUGUGGAGUCAGGAGUUAGCACUUCUGCUCCUCCCGAUUCCAAAGAGAGGUCUAUUUUUUAAAAAUAUUUUAAAAUGAACUUAUUGAUAAUCAGGGACUGCUGAAUAUUAGAACAAAAGAAAUAGGUGCGAGGAGUAGGCCAUACUCUAGCCUGCUCUGCCAUUCAUUAAGAUCAUGGACGAACCUCAACUUCAGUUCCACUUUCCUGUCCAGUCCUUUAGAAUCUGAAGGAGAGUCAUACGGGCUCAAAACGUUAACUCUGUUUCUCUCUCUCUACAGAUGCUGCCAGAUCUGCUGAGUUUUUCCAGCAUUUUCUGUUUUUGUUCCUUUAGAAUCCUGUCCUGUUCACCCCGAAUGAUAUUGUAAAGCUGAAGUGGUAAUGGUCCUUCAACAGGUAUUAAGCCCCUAAUGAAUAUUUCCACCCGGGACACUUGGCAAAUAGUCACUGUGAAUUUAGUAUUGGGGCCAAUACGACUUUCUCAGUAACUCACUAAUGUUUUUAUGACUACUUGUGUCCUUCCCUUUCACACCAGGUGCAAUGCAGUCUCCUCAUUGGUGUGGCUCCCAUUGAUGAAAGGAAAAGGGUCCAUUAGCAGAGUACUGGUACUAAUUGGAUUGAAGGUUACCAUGGGAAAUGGGCAAAGCCAGCAUUUGUUGCCCAUCCCUAAUUGCCAUUGAAAUGAGUGCUUUGCUCGGGCAUUUCAGAGGGCAGUUAAGAGUCAGUCACAUUUCUGUGGGUCUGGAGUCACACGUAGGCCAGGCCAGACCAGGUAAAGAUGGCAGAUUUCCUUCCCUAAGGGGACAUGAGUUUUUAACUACAAAUCAAUGAUGGUUUCAUGGCACCAUUACUGAGAUUUUUAUUAAUUAAUUGAAUUUAAAUUCCACCAGCUGUCAUAGUGGGAUUUGAGCCCAUGUCCCAUGGACCUUUAGAUUACUAGGGCCAGUGACAUUACCACCAUUUCCUCUGAUGGGGCAGCCAGGUGGCCUGAUGUUAACUUGAAAGGUUACCCUUCAGUUUCUUUCUCCUCACCUUUCUGGUGAUAUGUGCCAGGCAGAUCAAAUCCAUGAGGGAAAUUUGAUCACCUCACAACUGUUUUGCAAUUUGUAUUUUAUUUUGAGCUGCUUGCCCUGAAUUCAGAGGUAGUAAAGCUUACCACGACUUCAGAGGUUUUUAGAAAACUAAAUUAAACAUUUAUUAGCUAAAGAAAAGAGUUUAAGCACGUACAAAUUACUACUAUAAUAACUCCUAAAACCACUAAUUAAUCUAGCUCACAGUUACACCUCGGUUGAGGCAACAGUAGAAAACAAAUAAACUUAAACAGACCCAGGCAAAGCAACACAAUACCCUGGACAAGAAUUCAAAGUGAAUUUUCUCAGCUUUGGUUCCUUGAUGCAUAGAGACUGGAGACUUUUCACACUUGCAUUAGAUCUUAGAAUGCCUUCUCUUCUCUGACACGUAGCCUCAUCUCCUUUAUACAUGUUUCUCCCUUUUUAAUGCAAAUCCUAUUGUUCUGAUAUGUCUUUGGACUUUACCUUUCUCAUAAUAUAAAUCUUUCAUUGUGCUCAAAUUUAUCAGUAGCCUUUGGGGAAAAAUAAACACACUGUUUGGCUUAGCUUCUUCUGGCUAGGUGUAACAUCUUACCAUCUCUUUGACAUUCAAACUACUCUCCGUUUAUCUAAAAAUGCAAAUUUUCCUUGCACCUCACAUUCUAAAACUUCAGCCAUGUUUACCUAUUUAGCAUUUCAAACCUAGCUGCUUGUUGCUGACUGAAAGCUUCUAGACCAGCUGUCUCCAGUUCAAUUAAACCUCCCCCACACACACAUACAAGACAGAGAAACUAGCCCAAACCUUACUAUUAACUCACUUUUUUAACAAUAAAUCACAAUAAUAUGAAAAUUAUUAUAUUUUCAUAACACUUAAAAAGAAACAAUUACUCUAAAUGGGUCCACGCCUUUGCUACGAUUCCAAUGUACCUCUGGCCGGCCUCCCACAUUCUACCCUUCGUAUAUUUGAGGUCAUCCGAAGCUCUGCUGCCCUAACUUGUACCCUCCUGUUUACCCCUGUGCUCGCUGAGUUACAUCGGCUCCUGUUAAGGAACGUCUUGUUUUCAAAUUCUUCCAUUACCUCACUCCUGCCUUUCCAUUCCAGCACCACAACCCUCCUAUCCGUAGUUCUCCAAUCCUGGCCUCUUGAGCAACCCUGAUUUUUAUUCUUACCCAAGGCCCUAGGCUCUGGAAUUCCCUCCUUGAUCUCUUUCCUCCUUUAAGACACUCCUUGAAAUCUACCUCUAUGACCAAGUUUUUGGCCAACUGAUCCAAUAUCUCCUUACCCGACUCAGUGACAAAUAUUGCUGUUUAAAGCUACAGUGAAUCACCUGGAGUCUUGUACUCCAACACCCUUGCAACAUGAGUUAAGGAUGUCUUGCCAUAAUUAUAAAGGGCUAUGGUGAGACCAAGUGAGGGGACAUGGAUGGUAAAUGAGAUUUUUGACAGAAUAAAUUUUUCUCUUCGGGAACUGAUCUCCCUGAGGCAGCACUUAGUCUCAGGCAGAUUGGCACACACUUCCGCAUUUGCCAUCACCCCACCCACCAACACAGGGAGCGCAUAGGAUAGGUGCUGAGUGGUUGUCUCCCUUGAAUGGACACAGUCUAGGCUAGGGGAAAUAAUUUCAGGAUAAAGGAGUGGUCAUUUCUGGGCGAAGAUGAGAACUGAGGUGUGAAUCUCGGAAAAAAACAGAAAAUGCUGGGAAAAUCUCAGCAGGUCUGGCAGCAUCUGUGGAGAGAGAAACAGAGUUAACGUUUUGAAUCCAAUACGAUUCUUCUUCUUAAAAGAAUCUCUAGAGUUCUCUACCCCAGAGAGCUGUGGAUGCUCAUUCAUUGAAUAUAUUGAGGACUGAGAUCAGUAGAUUUUUGGACUCUAAGGGAAUCGAGGGAUUGGGUAGGAAAGUGGAAUUGAGUUUGAAGAUCAGCCUGUGACCCUAGUGCAUGCUGGAGCAGGUUCAUGGGGCUAUAUGGCUUACUCCAGCUCCUAUUUCUUAUGGCAACCACAUGAACUUGUAUUUUUACACAUUGUAUAUACACCAAUCUGGAUUCAUCGGUCUUUUUAACAAUCAUUGCAUUCCAGAAAUAUUUUUUCAAAAAGCAAUUGCUUGAAGUAAUUUCAAGGCAUUUUAAUGAGAUAAGGUAUUUUAUUACUGGGUUACAUUAAACAUUGUUACUAAUUUACAUAGUAGUAAUGUAUAAUAUAAUUUGUAUUUCUAACAAUGUGAGGUGUAGGAAGAUGGCAAUUAAAGAGUGUCUCACUACUGUUGACAUUUGUUUGUGUUAAAGCUCCACUCAGUUCUGUGGCGCUGACGAUUUUAUUGGUCACAAUCACUAUUGCUGCCCUGUCAAGAUAAUUAAACCCUUUUAUCACA